AUGGCAGGAUCUCCCAAUUCCAACCUGAGGGGCUUCAACUACGCCGUCCAGACCCUCCUCAAACAACCCUCCCAAUUCCUGCCUCACCUCACGAUCCCAACCUUCACACAUAUCCCCGAGAACCUCGGCCCUCAUCUUGUCCCAAAGAAGGACCUACACCAACGUACACCCUCAAUCCGUGCUCUGGUGGUAGAUAAGGACAAUACUCUCUGCGCCGCAAAGACAACAACCUUCCCACCAAACAUCCUAGCAAAGCUAUCUGCCCUCCGCAACAGUCCAACAUCCCCAUUUCAAACCUCCACAAAUCCAAACUCAAUUCUUAUUGUCUCGAACCGUGCCGGCAGCCACAGCACCUUUGACAAUGAAGUACGCGAUCUAGAAGCUCAGCUCGCGCAUCUGCAUAUUCCUGUUUUUCGACUCCCACCUGGCACAGAGAAGAAGCCUUUCUGUGGGGACCAGGUUUUGGCAUGGUUCAAAGAACGCGGGGUUGUUGAGUCAUCGCAUGAGAUUGCAGUUGUAGGUGAUCGACUGGGAACGGAUGUGCUUAUGGCGGGGAUGAUGGGCUCGUGGAGCGUUUGGUGCAAAGAGGGUGUGUUUGACGUUGGCGAGGAGGGGAAACCAGAGCGUAAUAUUCUGGAGAAGAUGGAGGUCUGGAUUGAAAAGCUCCUGCGAAACAGGGGCCUUGAAGCCCCUUCGCCGAAAGGAUGGGAAGAGAAGGCCUGA